AACUUUGUGUUCGUAAAGAUAAUUUUGUUUUUCUUGAAACUGAUUAGGCUUAGCAUAAAAUGAAAAUCUUUUCCCGAGUGUUGUCAGUGUUCUGAAGCUGCUGCAAUGGGAGUCCUAAAUACAAUUUUAGGGCUCGCACUGGUGUCCCUGGUGCGCAAGGCGAGCGGCAUCGCCUACGCCAACUUCAAGAGCGAUAUGUACUGCGACCCAGUGCGCUGCUUCAACAGCGACGGCUCGCAGAAGCCAUUCGGCGAAAUAGUGAGGGCCGACACCUGCGACGGCUACUGCGUCUGCCUGGCGGACGCAACUCGUUUGAUGAAGUGUCCAGACUCGCUCGUCUUCAACGAGCACCUGAAGGUGUGCGACUACCCUGAGCGAGUCAAGUGCAGCCUGGAUUUCAGGAGUGAAAAGUCGCAGCAGGAAUUCGAAAGGCAGCACCCUGGCCUGAUCCGCAGUCAGGGCUAUGAUGUAGACCAGUGGCGCAAGCUGUGGAGCUGUGCUAAUUCGGCCAAGGAGGUUAACCCUGGGUCGCAAUCGAACUCAGGGCCGCCAUCUAACUCAGGACCGCAAUCGAACUCGGGGCCGCAAUCGAACUCUGGGUCGCAAACUAUCGUGAUAGAUUGCAAGGCAAUUCCUACUGGUCCGCCAUCCAAUCCUUCUGACGACGAGAAUAACUGCAAAAUGGUGAUUCCUAAGGGUAACGACUGCGCAGGACAGAACGAGGCCCUGGGCAAGAUAUACUGCGCCAUCAAGUCGUACCUGAAAUGCGACGACGACUGCACCACCCUUGCCCCAGAAACGCCGCCAACCACGCCGUCAACACCACCAACCACGCCGUCAACUCCUCCAACAACGCCGUCAACCCCUCCGACCACACCGUCCACCCCACCGACAACGCCGUCAACCCUACCAACCACGCCGUCAACUCCUCCGACAACGCCGUCCACCCCUCCAACCACGCCGUCAACACCACCAACCACGCCGUCAACCCCACCAACCACGCCGUCAACUCCUCCAACAACGCCGUCAACACCACCGACCACGCCGUCAACCCCACCAACCACGCCGUCAACUCCUCCGACAACGCCGUCAACCCCUCCAACCACGCCGUCAACACCACCGACCACGCCGUCAACCCCACCAACCACGCCGUCAACUCCUCCGACAACGCCGUCAACCCCUCCAACCACGCCGUCAACACCACCGACCACGCCGUCAACCCCACCAACCACGCCGUCAACUCCUCCGACAACGCCGUCAACCCCUCCAACCACGCCGUCAACACCACCGACCACGCCGUCAACCCCACCAACCACGCCGUCAACUCCUCCGACAACGCCGUCAACCCCUCCAACCACGCCAUCCACCCCACCAACCACGCCGCCAACCCCACCAACCACAACCUCCAGAGGGCCUGUGACCUCUCCUCCUUCUUGCGUGACUACACCACCAUGCGUGCCCAACGCACCACCAUGCGUGACCAACGCACCACCCUGCUGCCAGCGCGUGUGCUGCAACCCCUGCGCCGUCCAGUGUCCAGUUUGCCCUUGCGAGACUAAAUGCACGUGUGGGCCGCAAACGGCCGCCCCGUCAAAGCCUCCCAAAACCGCCCCACCAACCACUCCUCCGGCUGCUCCCACAACGACCACCGCGGCUGUGCCUUCGACGAAUGCACCCCCUGCCCCAACCACGACUACCCCGGCUGCGCCCCCGACAACUGCACCCCCUGUUCCGACCACGACUGUCCCAGCUGAAACUGCGUCAACCACCCCGGCUGCACCCCCUGCCCCAACCACGACUGCCCCGGAUGUACCCUCGACAGCUGCACCCCCUGUUCCGACCACAACUGUCUCAGCUGAAACUGCGUCAACUACCCCGGCUGCACCCCCGACGACUGCACCCCCCGUCCGGACCACGACGGCUACAGUAAAACCACCAAAUACUUCCAGAGGUCCUAAAACCACGAAGCAGCCUUCUUCUGACGGCACGACCAUCCCAAACAUUGCACCGGAGGAUGAUACUGAAACUGAAGAACCCAUUACCGAACCUGGAGCUCUUACGACGGCCACCUUUCGAGGUGAUGGGUCAACAGUUGAAAAGAAAUUUCACGGCUUGUUCGCUAAAAUUUUCAAAAGAUCGAAAGGGUCAAGUGACGGUGCUGUUGCUCAUAAUGCUAAUGAUAUGCAUUUGCGCCAGGGCCUUUCUCCCCGAAAUGCGCGUGGCGCGUAUCAAAUCAUCAAGCAUUGGUUUGACAGAGAAUCGGCCAAACCAACUCAAUAA